GCGUCGGGGCCGCCCCGGGCUUUUGCAAGCGGCGCGGCGGGCCUGCGAGUUGGGGCUGCAGCAGCUUCCUCGACCUGCCUCUCGUGCUUGGCGGCCGUCUGGGUCAGGCCCGGCCCGCGCGGGGGGCAGGCGGCGGCUGCCUCAGGCGGAGGCGGAGGUGCGGCGGAGGGUGGGGGCCGCUGCCUUCGCAGGCGCCCGGGCCGGCCCGCGCCUUUGCACGGUGCUCCAUGCAUCCGGAGCCCGCCCCGCCCCCGAACAACAACAGCCCCGAGCUUCCCCUCAGCGGCGGCAGCACCACCAGCGGCAGCCGCCGGAGCCGCCGCCGCAGCGGGGACGGGGAGACCCCGGGGUCGUCGCCGCCGCCAGCCGCCGUCACCUACCCGGACUGGAUCGGCCAGAGUUACUCCGAGGUGAUGAGCCUCAACGAGCACUCGAUGCAGGCGCUGUCCUGGCGCAAGCUUUACUUGAGCCGUGCCAAGCUCAAAGCCUCUAGCCGGACCUCUGCUCUGCUCUCCGGCUUCGCCAUGGUGGCGAUGGUGGAGGUACAGCUAGAUGCCGACCAUGACUACCCUCCUGGGCUGCUCAUCGCCUUUAGUGCAUGCACCACGGUGCUGGUGGCCGUGCACCUGUUUGCACUUAUGAUCAGCACCUGCAUCCUGCCCAACAUCGAGGCGGUGAGUAACGUGCAUAACCUCAACUCGGUCAAGGAGUCACCCCAUGAGCGCAUGCACCGCCACAUCGAGCUGGCCUGGGCCUUUUCCACGGUCAUCGGCACGCUGCUCUUCCUGGCUGAAGUGGUGCUGCUCUGCUGGGUCAAGUUCUUGCCUCUCAAGAAGCAGCCCGGGCAGCUGCGGCCCACCAGCAAGCCCCCGGCCAGCGAUGCAGUCGCCAACGUCAGCAGCACUGGUGGCAUCACUCCGGGCCAAGCCGCCGCCAUCGCCUCCACCACCAUCAUGGUCCCUUUUGGCCUGGUCUUCAUCGUCUUUGCCGUCCACUUCUACCGUUCAUUGGUCAGCCAUAAGACGGACCGACAGUUCCAGGAGCUCAACGAGCUGGCCGAGUUCGCCCGCUUGCAGGACCAGCUGGACCACAGAGGGGAUCACCCCCUGACGCCCGGCAGCCACUAUGCAUAAGCCCUUCUGGGCCUGGGCACUUCAGAUCUUUGGCCUUACGCCGCUCCCCACGACCUCGUCCUGCCCCAGCCUUAAGGACAGCCAGCUCCAGGGAUUGGGCUUUUUUCAGGGGGGCAGAGAGUGGAGGGAAGAGGCUUCUUCUUCUUUAUUUUUUUUUUUUUUUAAGAGAAAUGACUGCACUUUGAAACUUUCCUCUAAGAGAAUAAGCACUUCCUGUUCUUCCAGCUUUGGGUUUACCUCCUGUUAGGAGGCCGCCGGUGGGAGCCACAGUGGGGACAAAUGCUCCCUUUGUCCCUCCUCCUCCCCUGUGCCAGUGCCACUUGGAUGCUUCUUGUUUUUUCUGUCUUGAUCCCCCUCCCCAUUCAGUGUCGUGUGUGUGUGUGUGUGUGUGUGUGUGUGUGUCUGUGUCUGUAUACACAUAAAUAUACUCAUAAGGGACACCUCUUGUGUCUGUCUUUGUUGGGUCUGGACUGCCUGGUAUGAAUUCUGGCACCCCAGUCAGGUGAGCCUCUAAGUGAGAAAUUUUGUUAACAUUUUAUUUUGAAAAUUUAAAAACCUACAAAAAAGUUGCGAGAAUAGCAACUGAAAUACAUAUACAGUCAAUUCUUGUCAUUCAUAGCAGUUGUGUUCUACAAAGUCAUCAUGAACACUGAAUUAGUAUUGAACCAUUGCUCCUGUGGUUCCUAUGAGGCUCUGGUCACAAUAUUUUGUCAGCCGUUCAAUAGGUUAAACCUUGUUUUAUGUG